AUGGUGUCGCACGUUGAACCACCUCAGCAGGUGCUACACACUCCGCGACGCCCUCCCUCGGCCACGAGCAGAGCCUCGACAACCAGGCGCCAUCGCUCAUCUCGCUCUCAGCACACAACCUCGCCAUCCUCACCGCUGAACGAGUUCCCUCUGUUCGCUCACACUGGAGAUGUCGACAUUAUCAUUUCGUCCCCAUCCGGUCGCAACGAGCAGCGCUACCUCUUACACAGCAUCAUUCUGAGCCAGUGCUCGUCCUUCUUCGCCAUCGAUCUCAAGCGCCCACUGAUACACAAUGCUCUGAAUGCGCCUACGUCUGCCUCACUCUCACGCAUAGGCGAAGCAACCUCCAGCAGAAGCAGUCUGGACUCGGUCGACACGCGACACUGGACUUAUGUCCUCGACUGGCACCACACAAGAAAUAAUGAAACACCGCGAUUAAUACAACGCCCUCCAAGCCAUAGUCCGCCUCCGGUCUCGCGCAACAAGCCGCCUGCUUCGUCCUCUGCCUUCUUCCGUACCAUGUCGAAUCUAUCUGCCUUGUCCUUGAAUCCUCAACCCGCUGCAUCUCUAGGUCCAGACGACGAACUCCUACGAGAUUACGACAAUCUAUUCCGCAUCUUUUACAACUAUCCGCCUUCUCUCAGCAAUUCGAACAUUGCCGAUGCUUACACCGAAUCAAAGACUCUACUGCACCUGGCCCAAAUAUACGAUGCGCUUGACAUCGUAGGAUCACGCGUAGAUCACCACCUCCUCGGCUUCCAAGGACGUCUCUUCAAGCAAAUCGCCCGUUACCCGCCCUCCUACCUCAAGCUAGCUUGUCUAGCCAGAUCCAAAGUUAUUUACACGGAAGCUCUAAUCCACGUCGUAGGCCAAUGGCCACAAGCUCAAUCCCAGCUGCUCAAUCACAUCGAUCCCCUCGUCCUCGAUAUCAUCGAGGAUAAGGUUCAAGAGCUAGAAGACAUGAAGUUGCGCAUCGAAGUCCGGCUGUUUAGGUUAACAUUGACCACCAGCCGAGGCGAGCGCGUCAAUCCUUCAAACGCAUAUCUAGAUUGGAUGGCAAUGAGUUUGUUCCGGCAAUGGCUAGCUGAAAACACCACUCCGGCCCCUGUAUCCAUCCUUAAGAACUCCUCUCGUCCGUCGUCUUCAGAUGCUGCCUCCGCAACUGCUUCACAAACCGGAAGAUCUGGUCGUCAAAGCACUUCUCGCGCUCUGGUUCCCUCAAAACCCUCCCCGUCUCAGCCUACCUUUUCACCACCACCUCAAAAUCUCGGUCGUGUGUAUCGCCUCAUGGGCAGCACGAACAAGGAAUUCUACCUCAACCACGACGAAUGCAAACGCUUCCUUAAACUCACUCCAGAGAUGUACUCUCGCGAUAACCUCAAAAGGUUCGAGCGAAGAGUCGAUGAGCUGAAGAAUCUGGCAAGGGAUGCAGUCAAGCCUCUUACUCGCAACUUUCUGGAACUGGAUCUGGCGAGUGUUGCUGCGCCGCCACCUCCAGGAAGAGGUAGCGCUGCUGUUCAGCCGACUGGAGUGGGAUAUUUGACUUGCACAAAGGUGUUGGAGGAGGAUCUGCCUUGGGUUGCGUGA